AUGUCUGCCCCUCCUAACCUGAUCCACAUCAAACGGAAGCGGGGCGACGAAGAUGCGCCGGUUACCUACCUUCAGCUCGAGCAUGGAUCAAAACGACAGUUGGCCGGCAGCAGCUGGGUCUACCGCCGACGCAUAGCGUCUGUUAAAACCGCCUCUAGAUCCGGCGCAGGCUCACUGCACCAUUCCCCGACGAAGCCCGUUAUCCAGACCUCCAGACCCGGCGACGAACUCCCCAGGUCGAACCACUCUCCUCACAAGGCCGCCGCCCGUCCCACACCCCCGAACGAUGCGUCCCCGACAGAGGAGCCGGCUGCCGAAGCGCAGGCCGGGCCUCAGCGUCCCACGAACCCAGCGACCGAGCCCAGACGAUUCCAUAUGUCACGCUCCGCUAUGAGCUCUCCCGGCGGCGGCACGAUCCUCAAAGCCGGAGGUGUUUCCAAGAAAGGCCGGUACGGAACAGCAGUCUUUGUCGAAAGGGGGAAGAAGAAGGCGGCAAAGAAGCUGUCCGUCGCCAUUGACGUCAAGAAUGCUGCUGCCGCCGUCUCGGAGACAGCGCCAUCUGCCGACGUCGAGAUGGGAGACGGCGAUAAACCAGCCUCUAAGAAGCCCCUGGCCAAACGGCCCCCUCGACCCGCCGCCGCAGACGUAGAAUCCCAACGCAAGCCCAUGCCCAGCGUCGCGCCCACACAGGACAUGAGCAAGAUCGCCGCCGACAUGGACCAGUGGGUUCUCCACGAGAUCGGGUUGAACCUCAAGUCGAUGGAGCAAUCGGCCCCGCCACCGGCUGCCGCGUCGCCUUCACGCUUCAAGCCCAAGGCCCCUGUCAAGCGGUUCGCCGAGCGACAUCCGGAUAUGGCGAAGGAGCUCGACGGCGGUAGUCGCGAGGAGUCCAUGACCGACGUCAGUGAUGGCGACGACGACGACGAUGACUACGUGAUAGAAGUGUACGAGCUGGCCCCUUCGAAGCCCGUGCUGGCCAACAUCCCGCCGGAGCAGAUCGGUGUGCUGCGGUUCGAUACUCAGGAGGACAUGGAGCUCUUUUAUGGAAACGAGGAUGAUGAUGACUCGGAUUACGAUGACGAUGAGGACGAGAACGCCGAGAACCAUUAUACCGCAGACUACCCCGAGGACGAGGUCGACUCGGAGGACGAGUACGACCGCCACGCGUACCUCUUCCGUAACGCCAAUGCCUCGGAUGAUGAGGAGUACGACCUGCGCGACGAAGAUGAGGACGGGGACGAGGACAUGUACACCAUGGAGGGCGACAACCGGCGUGACGAGGACGACGUUUUUCAGGAGAAGAUCCGGCGGUAUAUCCGCCAGCACGGGUCAAACUGA